UAGCAUCCUUUCAUGGCAUUCAAACACCUUCAUGACCUGGCUUGGCCUUCUGGUCUAAGUCCUCACCAAUUUGCCACCUUCUCUGUUAAUCUUUUUCUAAUGCCAGCUGGCAGAGACUCCACCCCUGGCCUGGGCACAGCAUUAUGUGGCACAUCCUGGUGGGUGUCUGCUUUGUGGUUUGCAUGUCCAGGCCCUGCCCUUUCCUCAGGGGAAGGCCCAGGUCCCUGCCUGCCUCAGCAAGGCCACAAUGAACUGGGGAACCUCUUUUAGGAACCUGCUACUGCUGCUGCAACUGGCCCUGCUCCCAGCGGUCAUUCAGGGAGAAGAGCUGGUGCUGGGUCAGGCAGGAGACACAGCAGAGCUGCCCUGCAAUGCUGCCCAGAAGAAAAACAUCCCCUUCUACUGGAAACAUCCUUCUGGGGUCAAGAUUCUGGGAACUCAGGGCACCUAUUCACCAACAUUCUGGGUGACAGGUACCUCCAAGCUGCAAAAACGUGUUGAAUCAAAAAAAUUCGGGUGGGACCAAGGACAGUUUCCUCUGAUCAUCAAGGAUCUUGACAUAGGAGACUCAGGGAUUUACCUCUGUGAAGUGGAGGGCAAGACAACAGAGGUGAAAUUGAUGGUAUUCAAAUUGAAUUUGGACAUCCGCAACAUCAUCCACCUCCUGCCAGGGCAAAGCCUGACUCUGAUCUUGGAGAGUACCUCUGAUAGUGACCCUUUAGUAGAAUGGAAAGAUCCAGAGAAUAGAAAGCAUCAUGAGGGCAAGAGUUUCUCACUCCAGCCAGAGUCGCAGAAGAGUGGCACGUGGACAUGCACCGUCUCUAAGAACGGGAAGAGGCUGGUAUUCAACAUAAACAUCUUGGUGCUGGCUUUCCAGAAAGCCCCCGACAUAGUCUAUACAAAAGAGGGGGAGCCAGCGGAGUUCUCCUUCCCACUUACCUUCUAUGAUAAUGUAAACCUGAAAGGGGAGCUGAGGUGGCAGGAGAAGCGGGCAUCUUCCCCUAAGCCCUGCAUCACCUUCUCCUUGGAUAACAAGAAGGUGUCUGUGCCGGAGGUUCCCCAAGGCUGCAGGUUCAAGAUGAAGGACAGCCUCCCGCUCCACUUCAGUCUGCCCAAGGCCUUGCCUCAGGACGCUGGCUCUGGAAACUUCAUCCUGUUUUUCAACACAGAGCAGUUGCGUAAGGAAGUGAAACUUGUGGUGAUGAGAGUGACUCAGUCCCAGAACAAUUUGACCUGUGAGGUGCUGGGGCCCAGCUCCCCCAAGCUGACGUUGAGCUUGAAGCUGGAGGACCAGGCUACAAAGGUUUCAAAUCAACAGAAGGUGGUGAAGGUGCUGGACCCUGAGACAGGGACAUGGCAGUGUCUACUGAAGGACAAGCACGAAGUCCUGCUGGAAUCCAAGGUUGAGGUUUUGCCUACUGUGUCCACCUGGGCCUGGCCAAAGCUCCUGGCCAUUGUGCUGGGGGGAAUUGCCGGCUUCCUGAUUUUCACUGGGCUCUGUAUCUUCUGCUGUGUCAAAUGCCGGCACCGCAGGCGCCAGGCAGAGCGGAUGUCCCAGAUCAAGAGACUCCUUAGUGAGAAGAAGACCUGCCAGUGCCCCCACCGGUUCCAGAAGACAUGUAGUCUCAUUUGAGGCGCCAGGCCAGGGGGAGUUUCCCACUUGCAGCCUCCCCAGCUGUCUUCCCUGCAUUUCCUCUUGGGCUCCUGGGCCUGCAGACGAGAUGAAUGUAGCAGAUCCCAGCGCCUCUGGCGUCUCCUACUCUCCUUGACAACACUUAGCCAUUGGGUCUCCUCUUCCAGAGGCUUACUCACCCCACUGCUUCCCCAUUCCCUUUUCAGUCAAACCCUAGUCCUUCUUUGAUUAUGUCUUCUCAACUCUCUCCCUCACUGCUCACUUAGAUACCAGGGAAGCAUGCAGGACCAGUCUGGCCUGACAUGGAGGGUGAGGCUGGGUGUCUGAAGCACAGGACGGUCAUUUUACAGGAGAGAACCCUGGAACCAGAGAGAGCAGGGACUAGUUCAAGAUCACACAGCCGGUCAAGGAUAUAUCCAGAUCUAAAGGCUCCUGACUGCCAGCCUCCACCAUUCCAUUCUGCCAUACACUCAUGUAACAACUCAAACUUGUGCACAGACACAAUUCCUUAUCACCCAAGCAGCAAAUUCAAUUUAUAAAUCAGGUCAGAUUGUGCAAGGUCACACAGCUAGUAAGUGCUGGAGUCAGGACUGGUCCAGGCCUCUUGACCCCUAGUUCUGCUGUUUCUUGAACACAGGAACAAAUAACCGCACAGCUCUCUGCAGGUGGCUAGUCACAGAUGCCCAGUACCUUAGAAUUCUCAGGAACAUGGAGGAGGGCCUCCCUGCCCGAAGUCCUUCCUUUAUCACCUGCUUUCAACAGAAUCCUGUUAUCAGAGGACAAAGCCUUCAGCUCUCUUAAUCAGAGCACAGGCUGGGAGCACAGGCCCUGUAGGAAAGAUUACCCAGUGAUUUGCCAUUCACCCUGUGCAGAACCUUUUGGAAGGUGAGCUUUGCCAGGGGAAUAGGGUGGGGCACUGGCCUGAGAGUGAACCAUCUGAGAAGGUCUCUGUGAAGGGUGAUAAUGCUGGGCCUCAGUCCCUCUGCCUUAGUCCCCUUGCCUUGCACCCUCUUUCGUCCUUCCCCCAAACCAUUCAGGAUACAGGAAAAUUGAGGUUACAAGUAUUCUUCCUUUUCUUGAUCCAGUUCUCUCAGGAUUCCUAGCCUCCUUUGCCUCUCCUUUCAUUCUUUUCUCACCAUCUCCCUCAGUCCCUAUGCCCUUUCCAUUUCUUUCCAGCUUGCCUCUUCCAAAAACAUCCAAUUGCUGCCUUGGUUCCCCAUCGCUUGCUUGCCUUGUAUUCCUGCCCACUCCUCACCCCUGCCUCCCUGAGCGGACAGAAAAACACAAUAAACUUAGUAUA